ACGGGUAUGGGUGAUCGUAAAGAAUUCGAGUGUGUGGCGUAUAAGUCUAGGGAAGAUCAUAGGAAGGAGUUAGAAUUAGAGGAAGCUAGGAAAGUUGGUCUUAUACCAGCUGAGGUUGAUGAAGAUGGAAAAGAAAUAAAUCCUCAUAUACCAAAGUAUAUGUCUUGUGCUCCUUGGUAUAUUGGUUCAAAUAAGCCUAGUUUGAAGCAUCAAAGGAAGAGGAAUUCGGACAUGAAUUAUACGACAUCAUGGUAUAACAGAGGUGAGAAAGGUUUUCAGGCAGAGAAGUAUAGGAAAGGUUCUUGUGCAAAUUGUGGUGCCAUUACUCAUGAUGUAAAGUCGUGCAUUGAUAGACCUCGAAAAGUUGGAGCGAAGUGGACAGGAAAACACAUUGCACCAGAUGAAAUAAUAGAGGAGUUUGAGAUAGAUUAUGAUGGGAAACGUGAUAGAUGGAAUGGUUUUGAUCCUGCAAGUUAUGCAUAUGUUGUUCAUAGAUAUGAGGCGAAAGAGGAAGCGAGGAAUAAGUACCUUAAGGAACAUAAGUUGAAAAAGUUCGAGGAUGAGGCUAGUGAUGAUGAUGAUGAUGAUGAGGUAGAGGAUGGUUUGAAAGUUGACGAGGCCAAGGUUGAUGAGAGCAAGCAAAUGGAUUUCGCAAAGGUUGAGAAACGUGUACGUACUACUGGUGGAGGGAGCACUGGAACUGUAAGAAAUUUGCGUAUAAGAGAGGAUACAGCCAAAUAUCUGUUGAAUCUUGAUGUUGAUUCGGCCUACUAUGAUCCUAAAACUCGGUCUAUGCGUGAAGAUCCUAUGCCAGAUGCUGAUCCAAAUGACAAGUUUUAUGCUGGGGAUAAUCAAAAUCGAAUUAGUGGUCAAGCUAUGGAGUUCAAGCAGAUUAAUUUGCAUACUUUUGAGGCUUAUGACAAGGGACAGGAUAUGCACUUGCAAGCAGCUCCUUCGCAAGCUGAAUUGCUGUACAAGAACUUCAAGGUUAAUAAAGACAAGUUGAAGUCCCAGGUGAAGGACACUAUCAUGGAGAAGUAUGGCAAUGCUGCUGCAGAAGAGGAGAUUCCGCGAGAACUUUUAUUUGGACAAAGUGAAAAACAAGUUGAAUAUGAUCGUGCAGGUCGGGUAAUUAAGGUGCAGGAGACUGUACUUCCCAAGAGUAAAUACGAAGAUGUACUGUUACUGUAUGCCAAUAAUCACACAAGUGUUUGGGGAUCAUGGUGGAGUGAUUUUCAAUGGGGCUACAUAUGCUGCAAACAGACAAUUCGAAACAGCUAUUGUACAGGUGCUGCAGGAAUUCAGGCUGCAGAAGCAUCAGGAGACCUGAUGAAAACUAACAUUGCUCGCAAACAAAACCCAGCGCGUACUGAGGAGAAAAAGCUGGCUACUUGGGGUGCAGAGGUGCCAGAGGAUUUGGUUCUGGAUGAAAAGAAACUUGCUGAAGCCUUCAACAAGGAGAAUUCAAGAAAGAAAGAAGACAAGGAUGAUAGAAAACGGAAAUACAACGUUAGCUAUGACGACAAUGUGACACAGGAAGAGAUGGAAGCCUACAGAAUGAAGAGGGUACAUCAUGAUGAUCCUAUUAAAGAUUUCCUGUAAGGUUGUAUUUAUGAAUACCUUUCAGAUAACACAAGCUUAGAAUUAAACUUUUAGUUCUCUAUUAUCAUAAUAAUAUCAUAUACGAUAUUGUAUCAACUAGGAUAAUGUACUCAACAAUUCUCCAGCUAGUAAAAGUGUAAAAUACAUAAAUCUUAUCCUAUAUUUGAAGACUUCAAUGUAGAAUUUUCAGCAUUUCAUCACUA